AUGGCCACACCAGGGAGCAGUACUGGGGCUGGCGGCAGCAGCACCAGACCGGCGAAUGGCGCAGUUACCGUCAAUUCUGCUGCGACGACGGUCGGUUCGGCCAACGCCAGAUUCCAUUCCCAACAACCACAUCAAGACAGGCAGAGUAGAUGGGCUAGCUGUUUUCCUGGCUUGUCAUGUUUUGGAUCGCAGAAGGGUGGAAAGCGUAUAGUUCCUGCAGCACGUAUGCCUGAUGGGAAUGCAUCAACUAACCGUGGAAAUGCUCUUCAAUCUGGUAGAAAUUCCAACCAAAAUGGGGCUAUGAAUUUAUCUCUUCUUGCGCCACCAUCAUCGCCUGCAUCCUUCUCGAACUCUGCUCUUCCUUCGACUGCUCAGUCACCUAACCGCUUCCUGUCAAUAUCUGCAAACUCUCCUGGUGGCCCAACGUCUAAUAUGUUCGCUGUUGGACCAUAUGCCAAUGAACCUCAGCUUGUCUCACCUCCAACAGCCUUUUCAACUUUCACAACUGAGCCCUCUACAGCACCACUGACCCCUCCUCCUGAACUAGCUCACGCAACCACUCCGUCCUCUCCAGAUGUUCCAUAUGCUCGGUUUCUUUCAUCAUAUACGGGUCUUAAAACUGCUGGCAAGGAGCACAGCAUGCAUUACUUGUCAACAACAUACUCUGGUGGUUUAGGACUCCAGGGAUCUUAUCCACUUUACCCAGGGAGCCCUUCUAGCAGCCUCAUAUCGCCUGCCUCAGUAACUCCAAGGACCGGUCUAUCCUCACCAAUCCCUGAGCAAGAUGUUCCUACUGCACACUGGAAGACAUCUAGGUCCGUCUGCGACACACCAUAUUCCAUUGCAUCGCCCAUUCCUGAGCAAGAGGUCCCUACUACACAGUGGAAGACGUCCAGAUCUGCUUGUGACACACCGUAUUCCAGGACAUCGCCAUCAAAUAUUUUUGGACUUGAUUCAGCUGCCCCUAGAAACUGUCUCCUGGAUAGCAAUUUUUUCCGUCCAGAGGCAUCUGCUCAGUUCUACCUGGAUCAGGCUCAACAGUCAUUUCCGUAUAAUGGUGGGAGGCUUAGUGUCUCAAGGGAUAAGCAAGAUGCAGAUGAGGUUGAAGCAUACAGAGCAUCAUUUGGAUUCAGUGCGGAUGAUAUUGUUACAACUCAACAUUAUGUAGAAAUACCAGAUGCGCUGGAUGAUGGGUUCAGCAUAUCCCCAUUUGGAAACAAUGCCCCUUCUACUGAGGUGUCCCCAUUUAUUGAUCUGCCUAAUGAGGUUCAGGAAGUUGAUAAAAUGGAUAAAUCACUCUUCAAUGUAAACGAGACCACAAGCCCAAAGAAGUCGCCAGACCAGCUUUCUGGUGGCAGUCCACAUAAAGUACUGCACCUGGAUAUAUUCAAAGCCGAAACACAAAUGUCUUUCAUCAACAUCCAGCUAAACUCAGGAACGAAAGCGGGUCAUCUGUCUGAGGAUGACGCAACCGCGAAAGAUUGCCAUCCUUUCAGGAAGGCGAGGGAUGAAAUAUCUCUAAAACCCAUUGAGGUCAGGAAGAGAUCUCCGCCUGGCCAGGCAUGCUCAGAUGCUGAAAUUGAGUACAGAAGGGCGAGGAGUUUGAGAGAAGCCAACGGUGUUCUGUCAUGGCGCAGCACACUGUCAAGACAGCUGCAGUAA